UUCAGCGAUUAGACUGUGUCAGAAACAGUUUGAUUACAUGAUGAAAACAUACGACAAACGCGUGAAAGAGUUGGAUGAAAAGAAAAAACAGUGUUUGGAAUUGCAAGGGAAACUUAAUUUAGCCAAGUCGCAGUGUGAUAAACUUGGCAGAGAGAUAGACGAUCAGAAGAGAAAAUUUAACAAACAAUCCCUGGAACUGUUUGAUACCAAAAAUGCUCUGGAAAAGCUACAAACAAAGAAUAAGGAAAUGCAUGACAAGAUUGCGGAGUUAACUAGCAAGAUUAAAUAUCUACAAUCAGAGUUGAAAGAGUUGAACAGGACACCAACUCCCCCUCCAACCCCUUCACCCCCUCCGUCACCUGAGAAAGUUUAUGUGAAGGUUGUUGAUUCAUCAACUGAACUAAAGCUGAAAGAAGUGGAAGAGGAACUAGAGGGGGCAAAGAGUGACAUAGAGAAAUACUUUGCAGAACUGCAGAAAGUGAAAGAUUUGUAUCGUGCAGAACAAGAAAAGAAUAAAGGACUGAUGGCGAGGAUCACAAUUUUGGAGAAAGAGGCUCAGGAAAGACCAACAACCAACGUUCCCGAACCUCCUGUUGCAGAACAAGUUAAACUCCCUGAUGGACAAGAUAAAGAUGUGAGUUACGUCAAGACAUUGAUGACAGGCAUGAAGAAAGACUUUGAAGCAGAACUUGAGAAGGUCAAGUCACAUGUCAAGAAAGAAAAAGCAAGAGGUGAUGCAAGUAUAAAGAAAAUGGAAUUCCUUCAUAAAGAUCAAUUGACAAGCAUACAUAAAGACAGUUUACGCAUGCUACGAGGAAUCAUGCAUUUCCGUGAACACAUGAUGGUGUGUUUUGAGAAAGAGAACCUUGCUGAUCAAGCUCAGGCUCUGCAAGAAUUAGGUGAUAUUAAAGAUAAGUUAUCACCUGAUCCGAAGGACAUGUUGGCUGCUUUAGUGGGCAUAGUUGUAGAUUAUUUAAACAAGAUGGAAGGUAUCUUAAGUAAUGCGUUCCUCGCUUUGAGAGUCUUGAUGAAAUAUCAGGUGGACAAACAAGUGGAGGCCGAGGUACAACAUAGAUUAGCCAUGAAAGAAGUGCAGAGGAAAGCCAGGGCAAUGAAGGAACCAAAAAAGAAUGUGAACUCUCUGGCUAAAUCUCUAAAGAAAGCCAAAAAUAAAUUGAAGAAUGCCAAACAGAAUACAAAAAACUUUGCUACGGAUAGGCAAUACCUAGAUCUUCUAUCAAGGUAUAACAACAUGAUGAAACUUUACCAGGGCAUGCAGAGAGAUAUGGAAGUCUUACAAGGUGACUUCCAUGAUACAAUGCAGAAGAAGUUGGAAGAGCAGGAGACGAUAAUGAUAUCACAGAUUAAAAUGGAGAAGAAACAGAAAAGGGCACAAGUUGAUGAACACCUGAAGAUGUCUAUAGCUGACCAGAAACAGAAUCUGAAGAUAUUGAGCAUUGCAUAUGAGCAAAAUAAGAUAUCCAAAAAGACUCAAAUGAUGGGCACUGCAAUGAUACAGAAAACUAUGGAAAUUCCUCGACGUAAACUGAAGACAUUGUUCGAAAAGUACAUUACUUACAGAACCAUUAAAGACUCGAAAGAAAGAGUGGCGAGGGUUUUGAGUGACGAGAAGAUGAAUUUGUCUGAUGAUACUCGCGAGGAUAUGGAGCAAUAUAUACACACAAUCGAUGGCAAAUUUAGGCAAAGCAUGAAGAAAUGGAAAGAGGAAAUGCAAGAACUGGACCAGGAGAAAAUGGAUCUGCAUAAAAGAAUUUACAAUUUGUUUAAUGAGGCCCUUGUUGAGAGGGGUGUUCUAUUUGUACAUCCGUUGCUAAGAGACCAGAACAAAACGGAGAAUAUUACGAAAGCGGCUUCUAUGAUGAACAGAAAACGACUGCAACAUAUUCUCUUUAAACGAAAACAACUAUGCAAGGAUAUUCUCCAUUUACCAGAUGAAAUUUUGGGUAAAGCUGUCACUUUAGGUCAAGGAGAUAAUAAAUUUUGGAAUCGGAGAGUAACACAGGAACGUGUACGUGGGUCAGAGUCAAAUAUCGUCUUACCACAUAUGGUGGUAUAUGAUGUGAACAAGCCCAGAAUAGAGGCAUCAAGGACUUUCUGUCGCGGAAGACAAACAUACGAUCUUGGCAGGGCGGAGAGUUUCGAUAUAUGUCAACAAAACUAUGUGCAGUACAUCAGAGAUUCUGCUCCAUAUGACUUGCUUUGGAAUACAACUGUUUGCAUAGCUUGAAUUUUAAGAUAAACACCACUGUUAUUGUAGUGUAAUUUUA